AUGCGAUGUUCCUACUUCAAGUUGGAACAUUAUUUGCGAGUCAUUUUGAAAGCACACUAUUAUGCUAUGAAUAACGCCAAAUCUCCGGGUGCGACCACUGCUCGCCAGUCCCAAAAAGAGCGAUUGGAGACUCAAAUCCCCUCCGAGUUUUGCCAUCGCCUGGAAUCAUUGGUCAGCAAGCAUAUUGCCCAAGCCCUCUGGGGUUCCACAAAGAAAUACAAUAUCGGCUCCGAAUCACUCCGAGAACUCCAUGUUGUCCGAUCUAGUCUUCAGACUGAACAGUGGGAAAUCUACAUUCCCCAGUACAUUCAACGCGAACCGCAUUUCUUCUCCGAUGGCGACGCUAGCCAAAAUGCAGGAGGAGCCGUGUCACAGUCUCUUGGCUAUUGGUUUCGAGUGAUGUGGAGCCCCGGCAUACGUGGUGGAGCGACGCACAUAAACUGUUUGGAAUUCGUGGUUGCUUUCCUCCAAGUGGUUGCAGCAGUUGUUCGCUGUGACAAAGACGGUGUUCCGCCUUUUUUGCGCGACAAUUUCCCUGAUGGCUUCCCUGUGUUCCCAGUUCUUCUCAACGUUUCAGAAGUAUCCUUGGAUGACAAGGCUCGACUUUUUCCGUCCCAGUCCAGAACUGUGCUGACCAAAGCAGGCCCUUCCCGUCCUCCCAAAGAAGCUCGGACGAUUCGUUCCCAUCGGAUCCAUUACUACCGCUUCGUUUUCGAUAUGAAUAUGACAGACGACCUUCUCCUACAGCACGUUCCACACGAACGCCGCGUCCUUCAAGUGGCCAUGUACGCUACGCACCUCGCCUUGGGCUACAACCUCCAUGGCAAACAACUGAAGUCAGACACUAUUAAGUCCUAUAUUUGUCAUGUUUCAACUUUCCUGAUGCGUUUUGGGGGUCAUGACCCACGCUACGACAAUGUUGGGGAUACAAAAAUGUCUCGUUAUCUUACUUCUAUCUUGGAUGAAGUUUCCCGCCAUGAAGGUGUUUGUCAUAAAUGUGAACCAUACACUUUGCGCCUCCAGCAAGAGUUGGAAGCUCGUAUCCUCCGCGAUGCCAUUGAUCGUGACAGUCUGUUGGCCGCCCUUGCAGAUUGGUUUGUUUGUCACUUGAUGACUGGGUACUGGCUCUCCAAAUGGGCCCAGACAUCUGCUGGUAUUGAAUUUGGGCAACACGCUCGAGAUUGA